AACGGAUGGCCUGAGUUCGGGUAGUCGAGAUGAACAUAGACGUAACGUCCUGCAGCUGACAACAACACCCUGUCAUCUGAUGUUCACUGACAGUUCUUCUUGUAGUUUUUACAGUGCAUUUGUUCACAUUUGUUAGCCGGAAAUGUCAUAGUCAAUAGUCUAUGGAACUAUCACAGACAAUAGGCUACUGGUGGAAGUACGAAAAUAUAAGCUACCUCCGGGAGUACUGCAGACUCAAGACUGUGGGAGUACCGAAGCCUGUUAACUUGGCUUCGUAGCAAGUGCUAUGCUACCUGGAGUAAAAUUAAACUCGUCUCUGGUACUCAACACAGCGAUCAGUCAUCAAUAACACGGCUUUACAAUGGGUGAAAACUUUAAAGAGUUUUGUGGAGGAGAAUUCUGGAACGAGACGCUGCUCUUGGACAACUCGUGGCCCCAGUUCACUGACUGCUUCCAGCAGACGAUCGUCUCAUGGGUGCCGUGUGCAUUUCUGUGGCUGCUGCUGCCACGAUACGUCAUUUCCGUCAAACGGGAGAGAACCUCGCAUCGCUUUGGAUUGACGUUAUUGAACGCAUGCAGACUGGCAUUGUGUAUACUUCUGGCACUGCUACACCUGACGCAACUACUUCAAAGAUCUCUAGAUGAAGCCGGCGUACCGCAGGACACGGCCGCUUACCUUGCCAACGCUUUGUGGACAGCAACCUUUCUGCUGAUGGCGGUUAUGAGCCAGUAUGAACGCAUCAACGGAGUUCAAGGCCUGGGAAUUCCCUUUUCUUCUGGCUUCUGACUUCACUGUGCAGCAUCAUACCUUUCUACCACUUGCUGAAGCAGCAAGAUGAUGUUCAAGACCUCAUGUUUAUCACCGGCAUCGUGAUCUUUUCACUCCAGCUGUUGUCGCUGUUGCUGACGUUCUUCGUCGACAGUGUCAGCAGCAGUACCUACACCCAACCAGAAAAGCCACCCUGUCCAGAAACAAGAUGCUCUUUUCCAUCCUUCUUGACAUUCUUCUGGGUGACAAGGCUCAUUCUGACGGGAUUUAAACGUGAUCUCCGCGAGGAUGACCUCUGGCAGCUGAGCCGCCCGGAACGCAGCGACACCUUGGUGCCCACUUUCUUCAAAUUGUGGGAAAAGGAAGUUGACAGGUGCAAAUCCCGAUCCAGCAGCAGCGGAGGGUGGCUGGAGAAUGCGCUCAAAGGUGCUUCAUCCAAGAACACAGGUAGCAAGGAGGUGCUGACGGAGUCCACCCCCCUCUUCCUGCCGCCGGAUAAUAAAACGCAACAGAAAAAAGGAAAAGGCCAAGCCUGCUGAAAGUCAUCGUGAAAAUGUUCUGGUGGGAAAUCAUUGUCUGCCUCCUCUUCAAGAUUGUCUCUGAUGUCAUUUUCCUCCUUAGUCCUUUCUUCCUCAAUCUUCUCUUGAACUUCUUGAUUGCUAACGAGCCGGACCGAAAAUGGCAAGGUUACGUCAUCGCCCUGGGGCUAUUUUUAACCACCUCUGUAAAGGCGAUUUUCUUCGGACACUCUCUAUUUGGAGCCACUCGAGUGGGCAUCAGAAUCAAGUCAGUCUUGGUGGCUGCAAUCUAUAAGAAGGUUCUCACGAUGAACAACGCCACCAGAAACUCGACGACAGCUGGAAAAAUUGUCAACAUGAUGUCUGUAGACGUUCAGCAGAUAAUGGAGAGAAUGGAUGGAAUAUUCUUUGGCUUAACGACACCAGUACAGGUCAUCGUUGCUGUAGUCAUGCUGUACCAGGUCGUAGACUGGGCCGUGUUUGUGGGAAUCGGCGUGCUUGGUGUUCCAAGUUCCAUUGAACGCAAUGCUGGCCAGGAUGCAGAAAGGAUAUCGAGAAAAGAACCUGCACUUCAAGGAUGGGCGUGUUAAGCUCUUCGGUGAAAUUUUAAACGCUGUCAAGGUGAUAAAACUGUACGCGUGGGAGCAGUCGUUUAGGAACAAGAUCUGGGACAUCCGGAAGAAAGAGUUGGAUGUUAUGCUCAAGAUGGUCAACGUCAACGCCAUCAUGGGCUUAGUGUGGGACAUGGCGCCCUUUCUAGUGACGCUCACGACGUUUGUAGCGUUCGUGGUAUCUGACCGGACCAAUCAGAUGACUGCUGCUGAUGCUUUCGUGUCCUUGGCCUACUUUAAUAUUCUGCGAUCACCACUCAACACCUUCGCCACCAUGAUCGUGACUACAAUACAGAGUUUCGUGUCCGUCGAACGCAUCAACCAGUUUUUAGUGGGAGAAGACUUGGACUCCGACUGCGUCAGCCACGAUAGUGCCUCAGAGCACGUGAUCAGCAUCACCAAUGGGACGUUUGCAUGGACUAGAGACACUAAGCCAUGUCUAAGCAACAUUAACUUGCAUGUUGGCAAAGGAAAGCUGAUAGCAGUUGUCGGUCCUGUGGGCUGCGGCAAGUCGUCCCUGAUCAACGCUAUGCUGGGCGAGAUGGAGAAAAUGCGCGGGACCGUAUCAACCCGGGGCAGCAUCGCCUACGUGCCCCAGCAGGCGUGGAUCCAGAACGCCACGGUGCGGGACAAUGUCCAGUUUGGCAAACCCUACAUCAGGACCAAGUACACCAGCGUCAUCAAACACUGUCAGUUGGAACGGGACCUUGAACUUUUGCCUGCCGGGGACAUGACCGAGAUCGGAGAGAAGGGUAUCAACCUGAGCGGUGGGCAGAAGCAGCGCGUGAGUCUGGCGCGUGCGAUGUACAGCGAGAACGAUGUCUACCUGCUGGACGAUCCGCUCAGUGCCGUGGACUCGCAUGUGGGCAAAGCCCUCUUCAAAAAUGUUAUCGGUCCUGAGGGGCUUUUGAAGGACAAGACUCGCAUCCUGGUGACGCACGGCGUGCACUGGCUGCCCAUGGUGGACGAGAUCAUCGUGAUGCAGGACGGGAAGAUUUCAGAACGAGGCAGCUAUGACUACCUCGUCUCUAACAACGGUCCGUUCGCUCAGUCCCUGAAGACCUUCCUGACGGAGGUCGCCGACGACCCGGUAGAAGAUCCUGAAAUGGCAGCAAUAGAAAAGAACAUGCUGGAACAGCUCGAUUCUGUUGAGACCUCGAAAGGCUCGUCCCAUGAUGACCUCAGCAGCAGCUUCUCAAGCGGAAGGCCGAGACGACGCAAACGACAAAUCAAAGAGGCCUCGCACUCCAUGUCCAUCAUGUCCAGCAACACCAGCAUGCGCAUUCGUGAGGCCAACAGAGAGGCGGGCAAACUUGUUGCCAUAGAAACUGUGGAAACUGGCAAGGUAAAGGCGAAGGUGUUCUGGCAAUACAUCACAUCAGCCGGCCUUCCUUACCUGGGGAUGGCCUUCCUCUUCUACGCUUCCUUCCAGGCCGCCGCCGUGAGCUCCAGCUUCUGGCUAAGGACUUGGACCUCUGACCCCGACCUGGCCAACAUCUCCAGCCCGAACUUUAACGACGACAACGAUUACUACCUUAUGGUCUACGGACUGUAUGGCGCCUCGCAAGCAAUUUUUCUCGUCGCGUUCAACUGGAUAUACUGGCGACGCAUGGUCUACGCAGCCCAAGAGAUGCACUCGAAACUAGCCAAUCGUCUGCUUCGUUACCCGAUGAACUUCUUCGACACCACGCCGAUAGGUCGGAUCCUGAACCGCGUGUCACGUGACGUUGACACCGUGGACAGCACGCUCCCCGUGCACGUGAAGGGUGUGCUGGUUCACUCGUCGACCGUGCUCGUCACCAUCAUCGUCAUCAUGUCCGUUAGCCCGAUAACGGGGGCUGUGUUGUUUCCCGUCAUCCUAGUCUACUACUUCUGUCAGAAAUUUUUCGUGCCGACAUCGCGGCAGCUGAAGCGUAUCGAGUCGGUCACCCGUACCCCCCUGUAUGUCCUGCUGUUCGAAACCCUGACCGGCGCCUCGUCUGUCCGCGCAUAUGGAGCCACCGACCGCUUCCGGGAACAAGCGAAAAAUAUUGUGGACCACAACCAGGUCUUCUUCUUUGCCACACAUGCCUCCGUCAGGUGGCUGCAGUGGAAUCUAGACUUUCUCUCCAGUCUCGUCAUUUUUUCUGCUGGACUGUUCGAAAUUAUCUCCUCGUCCUCGUCAGAAGUAGACGCAGGCAACGCCGGCCUGUCGGUGUCGUACGCUCUUCAGCUGUCCGGAACACUUAUCUGGAUGACACGUGAGGCCACGGAGUUCGAGACACACAUCGUGUCAGUAGAGAGACUCAAGGAAUACUCGGAGCUUCCAACAGAGGCAGACUGGAUCAUUCCCUCCCAGCGACCUCCUACAGGCUGGCCACAGCAGGGCGAAGUGUGUUUCCAAGACUACAAGACUCGCUACCGGGAGGGCCUCGAUCUCGUCCUCAAAGGAAUCGGCUUCACGAUUAAGCCCGGAGAGAAGGUAGGUGUCGUGGGCAGGACCGGUGCCGGCAAAACCUCUCUGACCCUCUCUCUCUUCCGGCUGAUCGAGGCGGUUGGUGGGUCCAUCAUCAUCGACGGCGUGGACAUCUCCUCCAUUGGUCUGCACGACCUUAGGUCUCACCUUACUAUUCUGCCUCAGGAACCCGUUUUGUUCUCUGGUUCACUGCGGUUCAACCUGGAUCCGUUUGAUGAAUAUCCAGACGUUCAGUUGUGGACAGCGUUGGAACGCGCACAUCUGAGAGGCGCUUUGGAUGAUAUUUCAGAAGGACUUGAUUUUGACUGUGGGGAAGAGGGUUCGAAUCUAAGCGUGGGUCAGAGGCAGCUGGUGUGCUUGGCCAGGGCGCUGCUGAGGAAGACCACAAUCCUGGUGCUGGACGAGGCCACAGCAGCCGUUGACAUGGAAACGGAUACACUGAUCCAAACCACCAUCCGAACGGCCUUUAACAACUGCACGGUCAUCACUAUCGCUCACAGACUCAACACCAUCAUGGAUUACGAUAGAAUUCUUGUUAUGGAUGCUGGUGAAGUGAGGGAGUUCGAUGCCCCAAAAGCGCUGUUGUCUGACAAACAUUCUAUUUUCUACUCCAUGGCGAAGGAUGCCGGUAUCAUAUAAAGAUCGGAGAGAUUCGCAACACCUUUCAGUUCAGCUUGAACCAAGCUUUUUGCAUAAAGAUGCAAAGGACAUCGUGAAGUAUUUCCUAUCGUCUGGUUAUCAAUUGUUCUUAAACAUUAAUUUAACCUGGGACCAUACUUCUGACCAAAAAAAAAAAAAAAAAAAAA